UUUUCUCUAUGGCUUAGCCGAUGCCUGCCGAAAAUUCUGAAAAUUAUUGUUUUCUUACAUUUAGAUAAUUUGUGUGCAAUUCCUGGUUGGCAGAUUAAUUUAGUUUAGUAACACAAAACACUGAAAAGAUGAUGCUCACAAUCCAUGGACUACCAGCGCAUGUAAAAUACAAAGACUUGAAGCAGCUAAUACGCGAUCAGUGCAACAUCGACGAUUUGAUUCUGGAUAACCUGAUAAACGACGAUGACCCUAACAUGAAGAAAGUCAGGGUCGGAGUGGCUAAUGAUGAUGAGGGGAAUGCGCUGAUGAGGUCCUUGGACCGCUUCCGGCUGGAGGGGCACGUGCUUCGCGUCGUGCCGGUUGGGAAACCACCCCAACAAAAACCACAGCCGCAACAGCAGAACUUCAACCAGUACGGCAACCCCACACCGGCCUACAACAAUGCACCGUCACAAAACUAUGGAGGCCACAGCGCCGCCCCCGCACCAACUUACGGAGGGCCCCGUGAGCCACCCAUGCAGAGCUAUGGAGCCCAGCCUGCCCCAGCCCCAUGGAGCCAGGAGCCGCAGUGGACCCCUAACCCGGUGCCGGCUCAAGGAAACUAUGGGUACCAGGGGCAGAGUAUGGGAUAUGGACAGCAACAGCAGCAGCAACAGCCCGCGCCGCAGCCGCACCCUCGCGAGGCGUACGCGGGCGCUCCGGUCCAGCCGACGCCGGCCUAUGGACAGUACCCGGCUAAUGUGAAUCCACAACAGCAGAACAACCCCAAUACCCACGGCGCGCCCGGCCGCUCUCACGUGUUGCGUAACAUAGAGAUCAUGGACACCCCCAUAGAGCAGAGCAGGCCCUAUGUAUCGCCUGCUGAGAAACCGAUAACAAUAGCGAAAGACACGUUCCAAGGCCCCUCGUCGUACCGCGGCCCGGAGCCCCCGCAGUACGCGCGCGACCCGCCCAAGCCGCAGCCCUGGGCUAAUGCACAGCCCCCAUACCAAAAACCAGCAGACAACUACUCAAAACCAGCCCCUUACGAAAACAAACCAUACCAAGAAGACAAACCUUCAGAAGUUAAAGGAGGCAUUUUGCGAGUCCCAGAAGGUUUCAGACCAAAUGAGAAACCUUUCUUCUCGGCCAAAGACCGUUUGAUGGACAUUAUGGGACGUGGGCCAGAAAAACGGGAUUUCAGAGAUGCCAGGGAUGAAUUUAACAAGAUGGAUGACAGAAGACCUAUGGAAAACAAAAGAGAUUUUGAACCGGAGCCAAAAAGGCAAGAAUUUAAAUUGGGAAUAAGGAAUGAUUUGUUUAACCCAGAUUUAGGGGUUAAGAAGGAUGAGUUUGUAAGGAAGGAGACAUUUGGGGGUGACGGGAGAGGGGAUGGUUUUGGACGAAGGGAUGAGAUGCAAAGGGAUAUGGGGAGGGAUAAUGAUGGGGGAAGACGGAUGUCGCCUGGAAGAAGGAUUUCCCCGCCCCGUCGGAUGUCCCCUAGACGGGUCUCCCCCAGACAGCCGUCCCCUGGCAGACGGAUGUCUCCUUCUAGAAGGCCUAUGUCUCCUGGUCGACGGAUCUCCCCUGGUAGAAGGAUCUCCCCUGGAAGGAAGAUGUCUCCUGGUAGAAGAUUGUCUCCGGGCAGGAAAGUCUCUCCAAGACGGUCCCCGCAGAGGUACUCGCCAUCCCGUCUGUAUGAAAAGCCGGAAUUCGAACCCAGACCAGCCGUGAAACAAGUACGGCCAGCAUAUGAACCGGGGCCGGCCCCAAGCCAAUACUCAGGUGGAUACCGCGGCAGCAUCACUGAAAACGUUCAGUACCCCGUACCGAAACGUACAUCCCCCUGGGUAGAAGGAAACGGCAACUCUUACAAGAAACCCGAAGACGAUAGGCGAGAGUUUACCAGGCCUUUCGAUCGCCCUGGCGAGAAGCGAUCGCGAUCGCCCGUCCACCGCGAUCGUUCGCCUAUAGGGUUCCGCGCUAAACGACAUUCGCCAUCGCCUAGGUCUCCCAGACGAUCUUGGGCUCAAGAGAAACGCAACAGUCCAGAUAUGCUGGACGCCCCUCCGCCACCGGCUUGGCACGGGAAGAGUGACACUUUCAACAGACCGAAGGUUCCAGAACGAUUCGAGAAGGAGGAGAAGCGGCCGGCAGUUUGGGAGCGACGGCCCGACAAACCUGAUCACCACAGCUCGAGGUUCGACGACUAUCGCAAAGACGGCCCAUCAAGAAGCGACCAUCGUAAGGAAGACACCAGCGACGUAUGGAAGUCUAGAGAUGUACCGAAGUAUCGUCCCGAAGACGACUUGAAGCGCAGAGAAGAGUUGCGGUCAAAGGAUUUCGAUCGAGAACCGUUCCGCCGACGAGACGACAAAGAAGACAGGGACUCUUUCUUCAAGAGGACUGUGGAUAGGAAAGACUUCGAUCCUAAAGAUCGCCACGAUGACAGACGCCCAGAUGACUACAGAAAGGAAGAAUUUCGCAAGCCAGACUUUAAAGACGCACGGCGUCAAAAUUCUCCGCCGCGUUUCCAAGACAGACGCGUACCGUCUUUAGCCAAAGAGCAAAGGGACCGUGCGGCCGAAAAGAUCGCUGAUAGAAUCUGCUCUAAACACAAGGUGUCGGAUUCGAGAGUCUACGAGGAGUUAAAGGUGACGUUGUCGAUGAAGGUAUUCAGCAACUUCGGGUCUCGGACGGUGGCGACCAACGAUAUUGUCGAGUGGUUUAUCCAGAGGUACAACGAGGCGGAACAGAGUGAGAUGUUGGCAGAUGUGGUGGAAAGUCUGCCGAAGGGUAGAUCGCUGAAGCGAUCCGGCGAAGCGGCAUCAGCACAACCCGCUGCGAAAACUCAGAAAACGGACGCGGCGGCAUUGAAAACACAAAAGGAGUUGGUGAAAGAAAAAUUCAAGAUGGCAAUAGACCAGAUACGACGUAGAAUCGUGAAGGACCAGGGAAUAAACCCAAGCGGAGAAAACUUUAAGCGGAUUUUGGAAGAACUUAACAUGGUGUUGCUAAAGAUUUUACUAAACUUUGGCCAGAAGUUUGGACCUUCUUGCGACGUUCAUAAAAAAUAUUCGCUCGCAUAUACCAAGACAGAUGAAAAGAAAAUGAUGGACGAUGUUUUCCAGAAGAUUGGGAUUGAAAGGAAAUCUGCAGAAAUGCCUGAAAACUCUCAGAAGAUUACCAGGCCAUCUCCUAGCAACGUGACACAUGCAGGUGCACCCGCGGAACCGCAAACAUCACGUUGGGACAUCGCCGCGCCGCCUGGAUUAGUCAGCGGCUUUCCGGUAGCCCCGCAAAUUAUGCCAGGAAACGUUAUGUUGCCUCAAACUUUACCUAUUCAAGGGUUGAACCCAACAGGCUAUAUCGGGGGUGCGAUGAUGGAACUACAACAGAAUCAGCAACAGGCCGCUGAAAUACUUAUGAACGCUGAUGAGGAUUCUUUCAACUUGUAUCUGUGCAAAGACGAUUUUGACAUCAUAACUUGCAAAGAGGCUGAGGCGCUCAAAAACUUUUUGGUCUCGCAAAUUUUUGAGUCCAACGCGAAUCUCGGUUGGGCCCCCGCCUUCACUUUAAAGGGUUUGCAAAGUCUUCACCGUUACGAAGUGGCUACUGCCGAUGAGCAAUCCAGGAAUUGGUUGAUGCAUUUAGACUUUAGUUCGUUGAAAGCAUUCAACAUUUUGGUUUACACUAAAGAAGAGCUUUGGUACGAAAGGGCAGCCGUCUGGCUUCCUGGGCAUUCAAAGUUCCGUAAACUCGAACCUCUCGAGAAGCUAGAGAUGCAGAAUCGAAACAUCGAAGGCAUCAACAUUAGCAAGUGGAAGCUGGUCAAAAAACUGGUCAACCACAUGGGCACCAGAAUCUAUGUCGACAUGCCACCGUCGUCAGCCAGAGUGCUCGAAAAGAGCAAAAUGAUGCUCAGUUACGAACUGCAAAAGGUCAACGUGUUUUUGAAAGCCAUAGCCGUUGAUAAGGACGCUUUCGAUCAGGGAUUGAAAGGGGUUUCGAUUUCUGAAGCGGAGGUGAAAAACGCUCACACAGCUAUACCGAUGCCUGUCCUUUCCUAUGAUCCGAAGAUGGUAAAGAUGUGCCUGAAAGGAAACAAGAUGAUAUCGCCAGAACAAGCGAAAGGGAUCAAAGAAUCCGUGAUCUUCAAACUAUUCAGCUACCUAAAGGAUCCGCAAGCUAAAUUGCGAACGGAUUUCCUUAAAUACGGCUUCUGUAACCCUGGUUAUUUCGUAAUAUUGCCAGAGAACGACGAAUCGCGAAAGUGGCUGGUCCGCCUGACCGAUAUCGGCAAGUUGAAUAAGCACGAAAUCAUGGUCAUGGGCGACGAUGUGUCAUCGUGCAAAUACUUCAAAAUGAAACUGCUUUUCAACUGGGCCUUGCCUAGAGACAUCCAUGCGACCGAUUACAAGUCCAACAUUCUCAAUGCGCUCAAAGCGUCCAAUCGAGGCAUCAAGGGUCUAGACUUCCACAAGUGGCAGUACGGGAGUAUAUUCUCGAUCGGACGGAUGAAAGAGAGGUCCCAAUUGAAUGUGGACGUAGACUUGGAUUCUGUGCUCGCAUUGAAGAAUAUAUCUUUCACGUUGGACUACCGCGAUAAGACGGUUAAAGUCGAGCAUAAUUACUGGGAUUUGGACGCACUGAUUGAAAAGUAUAAGUCUGAGAGCAAGGAUAGCUACGAUGUGGCUAAUAUGGAGUUGGAAUCCGAUUCGGACGGGGAAAAAGGCAGGCAUGAUAACCGUAGACGCGUGUCAGAAAGAGACAGAGAUGCCGUUUCGGACGGGGAAAGAGGCAGGCGUGAUGACCGUAGGCGCGGGUCAGAAAGAGACAGAGAUGGCGGCCGUGAUCGUAGAAUGUCUGACAGAGAUAGACAUGGCAACCGCAGACGGAGGAGGUCUGAUAAUAGUGGAUCUUCUAGUGAUGGCGUGCAAAUUACUGACGACAAAGAUUCUGAAGUUAUUGUAUUAGAAUAAGUUUUUUGUUUCAGAAAAAAAAUCUUCUGUAUUUCUCUAAUAUAAGUUUGUUUUAUGUCUUAAUAAACUGGUGUUAUUGUAGACGAAA